GGUUGUGCAGCUAACUUAACGCCGUUGUAAGCAGAAUUUGCAGAGAAAAUAUAUUGAAAAAAAUUGUGUGUAUAGCAUGUGAAAACAAAAUUUGGUUUUUGCUCGUUAGGAUUGCAAAUAACAAACGCACCGCGGAACUCAGGCAAAACAAGGACAGACACAACGUUAAAAAUGUUGCUGCCCGACGACGACGUUUCUGUGUCUGUUGACUAAUAAAUAAAACAAAAGUGUGCGUGUGUGAAUGUGUGUGUGUGUGAGAGUGUGAGUGAGUGUGGAGUGCAGAAAUGUUUUCGAGCAGCGGCAGCCAUGGGAUUAGCGUUGGCGUUGCUUCCAUUGUGCAGGGCUCCGAUGGCUAUGAUUUUACAAAAAACGAGAAUGCGGCACGUUGGCGCGGUUUGUUCAUACCAUCACUGCGCAAGGUGCUGGAGCAGGUGAAUCCAUGCGUGACAGCCAAAGAAGAUGCAUUGCUCUAUGUGGAGAAGCUCUGUGUGCGGGUCUUGGCCAAGUUAUGCGCCAAGCCGCUGCCGCACUCUGUGCAGGAUGUGGAGGAGAAGGUGAACAAAUCAUUUCCAGUGCCCAUCGUUCAAUGGGCGCUCAAGGAGGCGAGCGAGGUUAUCAAUUCGAAAAAACGCAAAUCUCUUUUGCCCACUGAGCGGGUGCAUACGCUGCUUCAAAAGGAUGUGCUACAGUAUAAAAUCGAUAGUUCUGUAUCAGCCUAUCUGGUGGCUGUGCUCGAGUGCAUCUCCGCCGAUAUACUCAAAAUGGCUGCCGACUAUGUGUGCCGCAUCUCGCACUGUGAGAUAGCCAAGGAGGAUCUCGAGGUGGUCAUGAACGCCGAGCGUGUGCUGGACAUGCUCGACAUGCUCGACCAGAGCAGCGAACAUCUCAAGUGCAAUAUGCUACCCAGUCCGCUGUCGCUGCCGGCGCAACGGGCGAGCGCCACUUACGAGGAGACUGUAAAGGAGCUGAUUAAUGAUGAGAAACAGUAUCAGCGGGACUUGCACAUGAUCAUACGGGUGUUUCGCGAGGAGCUAAUUAAAAUAGCGCGCGAUCCCAAGGAACUCGAACCGAUAUUCUCCAAUAUUAUGGACAUCUACGAGGUGACAGUUACACUUCUUGGCUCUCUCGAAGAUGUCAUCGAGAUGUCACAGGAACAGAACGCUCCUUGUGUCGCCAGCUGCUUUGAAGAGCUCGCCGAGGCCGAGGAGUUCGAUGUGUACAAGAAGUAUGCCUACGAUGUCACCUCGCAAGCGGCACGUGAUGCUCUAAGCAAUCUCCUGGCCAAUCCUAAUGCCCCUUCGCUCAUGUCAGCGGGUCAUGGUUUCCGGGAAGCUGUCAAGUAUUAUUUACCCAAGCUAUUGCUGGUGCCCAUCUGCCAUGCGUUUGUCUACUUUGACUAUAUUAAGCAUCUUAUGGAUCUCAGUACAUCACAGGACGAUAUCGAGAGCUUUGCACAAGUGCAGGGUCUUUUGCAUCCACUGCACUGUGAUCUCGAGAAAGUGAUGGCCAACCUGUCCAAGGAGCGACUGGUGCCGGUCAGCUGUCGUGUGCGUCGCCAAAUGGCCAUUGAACGGACUCGGGAGCUGCAGCUAAAAGUCGAGCAUUGGGAUGACAAAGAUGUGGGACUGAACUGUAAUGAGUUUAUACGCGAGGGUUCACUAAGUAAACUCGGAUCAGGUAAACGCAUUUGGAGCGAACGUAAAGUGUUUCUCUUCGACGGUCUCAUGGUGCUAUGUAAAGCGAAUACUAAGAAGCAAACACCAUCAGCUGGCACUACGGCCUACGAUUAUCGACUGAAGGAAAAGUUUUUUAUGCGUCGCGUGGAAAUCAGUGAUCGGGUGGACUCCGAGGAGCUAAAGCACAGCUUUGAGCUCAUUACACGAAUGCAUCCGGCAAUUGUGCUAUCGGCGGAAAAUGCACAGCAUAAGAACGACUGGAUGGCAGAUCUGAUAAUGGUCAAUACCAAAUCGAUGCUUGAUCGUAUAUUGGAUAGCAUACUGCAGGACAUUGAGCGGAAGCAUCCGUUGCGCAUGCCCAGUCCCGAAAUCUAUAAAUUUGCUGUACCUGAUAGUGCCGAGAAUAUUGUACUCGAGGAUCGGGACAGUGGAGUUGUGCCCAUGAUCAAAGGGGCAACGCUUUGUAAACUGAUUGAGCGUCUUACCUAUCAUAUCUAUGCGGAUCCUACAUUUGUGCGCACCUUUCUCACCACAUAUCGGUACUUUUGUUCACCACAACAGCUCCUAACGCUGCUGAUCGAACGUUUCGAAAUACCUGAGCCCAGCCUGGUAUACCAGGAACAGCAGACGACCAACUACGUCGUUGGCACUGACUCUGAUAAAAAUGAUGCAGUGACGGCGACAACGUCAACGGCGGAUAGCGACAAAAUGCUUAAGAACUCGCAGCGCGAGGAUUGGAAACGGUAUCGCAAGGAGUUUGUGCAGCCGGUACAAUUUCGUGUGCUUAACGUGCUGCGCCAUUGGGUGGAUCAUCAUUUCUAUGAUUUUGAGAAGGAUCCGACACUACUGGACAGACUGUUGCAUUUUCUCAAUGAUGUUAACAGCAAAUCCAUGCGCAAAUGGGUCGAUUCUGUGCGAAAGAUUGUCGAUCGCAAGAACAAACAAAGCAAUAAGAAGAUCGUCUAUGCAUACGGACACGAUCCACCGCCCAUUGAAUAUCAUCUGAACGUUCAUGACGAUGAUAUAACCCUGUUGACAUUACAUCCGCUUGAGGUGGCACGGCAGUUGACUUUGUUGGAGUUUGAGAUGUACAAGAAUGUAAAGCCAUCGGAGCUUGUCGGCUCACCGUGGACCAAGAAGGAUAAAGAAGUAAAAAGUCCCAAUCUGCUCAAGAUCAUGAAGCAUACCACAAAUGUAACACGGUGGAUUGAAAAGUCCAUAAUGGAGGCGGAGAAUUACGAUGAGCGUCUGGCCAUUAUGCAGCGUGCCAUUGAGGUAAUGAUGGUGAUGCUUGAACUGAACAAUUUCAAUGGUAUACUCUCGAUUGUCGCUGCCAUGGGCACGGCAGCGGUAUUUCGAUUGCGUGCCACGUUUAAUGGUCUACCUGAGCGCCAUCGUAAGUUUCUUGACGAGUGUCGUGAACUAAGUGAAGAUCAUCUGAAGAAAUACCAGGAGCGUUUACGUUCCAUAAAUCCGCCCUGUGUGCCAUUCUUUGGUCGUUAUCUGACACAUAUACUGCAUCUGGAGGAGGGCAAUCCAGAUCUUUUGACCAAUACAGAGUUAAUUAACUUCUCCAAGCGACGAAAAGUGUCGGAAAUCAUUGGCGAGAUACAGCAGUACCAGAAUCAGCCCUACUGCCUCAACGAGGAGCCCACCAUACGCCACUUUUUUGAACAGCUUGAUCCCUUCAAUGGACGUUCCGAUAAAGAAAUGUCCGAUUAUCUGUACAAUGAGAGUCUGCGCAUUGAGCCGCGCGCCUGCAAGACGGUGCCCAAAUUUCCCCGUAAAUGGCCGAACAUUCCGCUUAAGUCGCCGGGCAUUAAGCCGCGUCGUCAGAACCAGAAUAAUAACAGCAAUAAGCUGUCCAACAGUGCGUCGGCUAACGUGGAAUCGCACGCGUCGGCAGCGACGACGACGGCAACCACGACAGCAACAUCGGCAGUGGCAUCCAGCGCUGGUGUUGGUGUUGGGGAUCAAAGUCCACAGCAUAAUCCACAUGCCUAUUCCGUAUUUGCACCGGUCAUCAUUCCGGAUAGGAAUGGUGGCAGCACCUGGAGCGGCAUAUCGCUGCAUCGGACAUCGGACAAUGGUGAGGUGGCGCCGGCGCCGCAUCUGCCCAGAAAGCCAGCAGCGCACGUGUGGACGCACAACAGUAGCAAUACGCCAACGGAUAACUUUAAUCCAGCUUUGACGGAGCCACAGUUGCCACCACCAAUAACAGCAGCUCCCAUCGUCUGGAAUAAUCAGUCUGAUUUUUAUGUCACCUCCGAUUCGACAGAUGUGCUGCCGCCAUCGCCACUGCCCAAAUUGAUGAUUAGUCCGCGUCAUGAGGCAGUUCCGCCUCCUCCACCUGCCGGCAAUCGUUCGCCAUUCCAUGGACGCGCCACACAGACGCAGUACAGUCCCACGCACAGUAUUGCGAGCACUGUGACGCUUGUUGGCGGCGGAUUGGGAGAACUAAGUCCACAGCUGGGAGGUUUCUAUUACAACAGCGAGCAGAACCAUGGUCAGACGAGUGCGGUGCCCAUAUCGCCGCAUGUGAAUGUGCCAACAGCGAUCCUGGAGUAUCGUGCGGUACCACCGCCGUUACCCCCUCGCCGAAAGGAGCGUACCGAAAGUUGCGCAGAUAUGGCCCAAAAGCGACAGGCCCCCGAUGCUCCCACACUACCUCCCCGCGAUGGCGAACUGAGUCCGCCUCCAAUACCGCCCCGACUCAAUCAUUCCAUGGCUGCAGGAUAUGCACGUCACGGCCAUCAGCCAAAGGAGUUUGUGGGUAAAAGCAGCAGUCUUUUGCUCCCCAAUACGAGCAGUAUUAUGAUACGCCGAAAUUCGGCAAAGCAGCCUUCGCUGGGAGUUAAUGCCGCUGCUGUCACUGUCACGGGGACGGCACUUGGUUCUAUCAAUGCCACUACGUCAGCUCUUAUCAAUGUCUCCCAGUCAACAGCCUCAGCGACGGCGUUGGUUGGGAUGGCCAGCGAUGAACAGCAGCAGCAUCAGCCACCACAGUCGAUAUCUCCGGCGUUAAGCUCCUCUACCACCACAUCACCUAUGACACCCAUGACGCCCAUGUCCCCGUACAUUCCCAGCACAGUUGACAGCAGCACGUCGAGCAGCUUCCCACAUCAACAGCAGCACCAAACGCGUCUAAGGUCACAGCAACAGCAGCAGCCAGUGAUUUAUGCACAGCAGCAGCAGCAUCAUCAUCAUCAUCAUCAUUCACAACAGCAGCCUCAUCAUCAUCAUCACCAUAUGCAUCAUUCGCAUUCACACACUCAACAUCAUCCAUCACAGCACUCAAACAGACGCUCGUCCCCAAAGGAAUUCUUUCCGAUUGCCACGAGUCACGAGGGCACACCCAAACUUCCACCAAAACCUAGUCUAAGUGCAAACUUCUACAACAAUCCAGAUAAAGGUACGAUGUUUCUUUACCCAAGUACAAACCAAGAAUAAUAUUUAUUGCCUGGCGAUGUGUGAUAGGACAAAAACAAAAAGAAAAAACUACAAGAAAAACUAAGUUGAAACGUGACAGCAAAUAUAAAAUAUAGAUACAAAAUGAUAAAGUGUAUAUGUUUGUGUAUGCAUUCAAUGAGAUAUGAACCGAGUUAAAUCUGAACGAUUUUAAUUAUUCGAAACUCAAAGCAAAAUGCAAAUUAAUGUUAUUAUAUUAAUUAUAUUAUAAACAAUUGUAAAUAUCGAGAACAUUGUAUUGAUCGUAGAGCGUAAAAACAAUAAAGUAUAACACUAUUGUUAGACAUUCGCA